AUGGCAAGAGAAAAUUUGGUGAAUAAAAAAGGCAGUUUAACUAUUAUUACUGGUCCUAUGUUUGCUGGAAAGACAGAAGAAUUAUUGCGGCAAAUUCGGCGAGUUCAAUAUGCCCAAAAGGAAAUCUUGAUUUUUAAGUCUUCGUUAGAUAAUCGUUAUUCAGCAACCGAAAUAACUUCCCACAUAAAUAAUAAAACAGCCGCUACGAUAAUUAGCAAAAGUAAAGAAAUACAUACUCAUCUGAAAAAGAAACCAAAAACAAAAGUUAUUUUUCUUGAUGAAUUACACUUUUUUGAUCCAAAAAUUGUUAAAACUUUGAAUAAAUUAGCCAAGGAAGGUUAUCAAAUAACAGCCACCGGUUUAGACCAAGAUUUUCGAGGAAAACCAUUUGAGAAUACUUCUUUUUUGCUGGCUUUAGCCGAAAAAGUUAUUAAAUUAACUGCCAUUUGUCGAGUUUGCAAUGGAGAAGCCAAUAUGACCCAAAGGCUAAUUGGCGGUGAUAAAACAUUAUGA